AUGGAUUUCUUCCUAAGCACCCACCACUGCAUCAACCCACGCUUAGAGAUCCGCAGCGACCUAUCCCUCGACUCAUACCAUAAACUACUACAUUUCAGCUUUACCCUCGAACCGACGACCAAUCCAGUCAACAACCUUGCUCAUCAACGCCGGCUAUGGAAACUCAGCAAACUCAAAGACACCAACACUCGCCAACGGUAUCUUGCUACCUUCACCGAUAACAUCCAAAGUCUCAGCACCGAAGCACAGCACCAUGUCUCCCGCAUACUCGACCCAACACCAGACUCACAUGCUUCCGGAGAUGAGCGAACCCAGACUGAGAUCAUUGAGCAUCUCACCAGUCAAUUUUACGACAAACUGUACACCACCAUGGAUGACACACUUGGAGCAACACCUGGUGGGCAACACCGACGUGAUUCCUUCUGGACUGCCGAACUCCAACGCCUAAACGAUCACCGCGAGCUCUGCUACCGAAAAUGGCGUCGUGCGAUAGGUAUGAAUAAAUUGACAUGGUGGAUACGACACCAAGAGGCUAGAGCACGAGUCAGAAGAGCGAUCAGUAAACGCAGCCGUGAAACAUGGCUGAUGUUCUGCAACAAACUCGAAUCCGAUGAUUAUAGAAAGACAACAGCAUCGAUUAAAAAGAUCCGACAACGACGCACCAUUCAACCAACAUUCAGCCAUCCCGAGGGGCCACAAGCGGCAGCUGAAACAAUGGCAACACACUUGGAAUCAGUCUUUGAUGGG